GCCGAUAGUCCGGUGACUUCCGGGUCGCGAGAGACAGAUACUCCGGGCGCCAAGGUCGAUUAGAAGCGAGCGUCGAUCCUUAUCCUUGCGCCGAAGAUCGGUCAGCGUGACUGGUUGGUUGUUGUUUUUGUCUUCUUCGGGUAUAAUAAUGUGACUCUGGUGUGAUGCGUGAAAUAUGGUGGUUUAUUUUUACGCACUGGUACUGGUUUUCUUUGUGAUUAUUCUCGGAUCUGGUGAAUUGGACGCCAAAAAUUCCAAGCUCGCUCGCCACAAGGCCCUUUCCUACGACGCCUACGUCGCCACUAAAACCUGUAGGACGGUGCCGGGCCUCAGCAAAGCUCAGCUGGAGCUCUGCUACAGACUGCCCAAUGCGACUGUCUUCGCGCUGCAGGGGCUGAACCAGGCGGUCAAGGAGUGCCAGCACCAGUUCCAGGGCCAUCGCUGGAACUGCUCGUCGCUGCAAACCAGAGGGCGCAAUCCGUACAUCAACUCCAUGUUGCAAAGAGGCUACAGAGAGGCUGCUUUUGCCCAUGCCAUCACCUCUGCAGGAAUAACCAUCUCCAUCUCGAGAGCAUGUAGUUCAGGACAGCUAAAUAACUGUGGAUGUGAUUCCAAGACGUACAAAAUGAAAGAAACGUUGUCUUCGGCUAAUUCUCUUUCCAAAACUGACUGGAAAUGGGGCGGAUGUUCGCACAACUUGCACUACGGAAUGAAAUUUUCGAAAAUGUUUCUGGAUUCCAGAGAAUGGUCCGAGGACAUUCAAUCCAAAAUUAAUUUACACAACAAUAAAGUUGGUAGAAUGGCUGUUUCGAAUAACAUGCAACUCAAAUGUACAUGUCAUGGCGUGUCAGGAAGCUGCGAGCUCAAAACUUGUUGGAGAGCAUCACCAGACUUCCGAGUCAUAGGAAAUACUCUGAAAGAGAAGUUCCAAACCGCUAUCAUGGUGGACCAGACGAAUCUGGGGAAGAAGAAACUCAGAAAAUUCAACAUGGUCAAACAGAGAAAGCGGAAAAACAAAAACAAGCCAAAGCAGUGGACGCCUCGCAAGAACAAGCACAAGCGAGACCUGUCGCACGACCUCCUCUACUACGAAAAAUCGCCCAGCUUCUGCGAGAGUGACCCCUUUCUGGACGUGCCUGGCACCACUGGCAGAUCAUGCAAUAGGAGCAGCACAGGGCCGGACGACAGCUGCGCGAAUUUGUGCUGCGGCAGGGGCUACAAUCUGGUCAAGAUGAGGCGGGUGGAGAGCUGCAGGUGCAAGUUCGUGUGGUGUUGCCGGGUCGACUGCGAGACGUGUAGCUACGAGGAAUGGAUCAGUGUUUGUAAAUAGGAUGGACGUUCGAUGCUUGCUGAUCUUAAUUGUGGGAGUAGAGGAACUAAGCUGAUGGAUGAAUGGAGUGGAUCACCUGAGCAUUAAACCCUAUUUUCAAAUCGAAUAAGAGAUCGUUGAAAGUACUAUACUUAUCGUCUUCCAUAUUUAUUCAUUUAUUUAUGUAUUCAAUUUUCCAGUAGACAAUUGCAAAAAAAAUUUAUAGAGAUAUUCAAGUGGGUAAACUUAUAUCUAAAUAUAAUACAAAACAACACAAAAAUGAAUGUGGAUAAAACAAUAGUACAAGUAGAACAACAAUAGUAAAAUAGUAUUACACUUGAUGAGUAUGAUAUGAUAGUUGGUAUUGUAGGUAAUAAUUGAAACCACAGUAUGUACAAAACGUCAGAUUUGAAUCAAAAUACGUGAGAAAAAUAUUUAUCGACGAAGUAAUACGAAUGUUCCUCUAACAAGACUCUGAGGGAUCUUUUAAAAUAAUUUGAAGUUUUCCAUAGUUUUAUUCCAUCAGGUAGGGUGUUGAAAAUUUUCGUUGUCGUGAUAUUGUUCGAAGUUUUCGUUACAUCACUGAAGGGGAUAUAAAAAUCAUAUUUCUCUCUAGUAUUGACUCCAUAUGGCGGAAAAUGUUCGUGUGAAAUUUUUCUUCAUUUUGAGAUACAUAUAAACAUGAUUCUAGAAUGAGUAAUGAUGGCAGGUUCAGAAUUUUCAAGUUCUCCAAAAUGUCACGACAUGUAGUUCUCUUAGACAUACCUACUAAUGAACGAACAACGCCGACAAUAAUAUAAAUUCAAUAAUUGUACCCUGUUGAUGUAUGAUACACCAACCAAUCAUAAAAUAACAAAUACGUAUUAUUCACUAUUGGGAUUUCGGAAACUAUGGGAGAAACGAAGAUAGUUCAAUAUUAUUCUGUCAGGAAGUUAUUGUUUGAUAACUAAAACAACUAAGUAUUUUGAAAAUUACUAGAAAUAAUGUGUAUUACAAUCAUUAAGAUCACUCAUAACAAAUUAGAGGCUAUACCAAAGAACUUUCCGUACUUGUGUAUAUUAUAUAUAUAGUCAAAUUCUAGAGCUAUAAUAGGUCUAUUAUAGCAACAUGAAAAAUACCCCUAUUUGUAUUGUAUUGGUUUGGUAUGAGUUGAUGACAUUCUUCAGGGUAGAUUAGGAAUAAAUAAGUCUGCAAUGAGUUGUGUAUUUUUACUUUCUGCUAUUCAGAUACAGAGUAGAGAGUUAUUGAGUAUCUGUUAUGUAAAGAAACAAGAAAAGGCCUCCCUAUUCCAUUGUAAAUCAAAUACAGGGAUUUCAGACUGGAAAUACAAAUUUAUAGAUGGCAGGAAUUUCAUAACGAAAUGCAUAGUUUAUGGUAAUGACAAUCAAAAACACUUCCAUUAUUAAAUAUACAAUAAAUAUAUAUAUAACAAAACAUGUGUGCAGUGUAUACUGUGUGCGUAUAUGGCCAUAAAAUUAGGACGAUUAAUUGAACGAUUUCCAAAAUCAUCAUCCUGUGAGUCAAUUGUCUUAUAAAGUGAUCAAUAUCGAAAUGAUAAACCAAUCUGGUUGCCUUUUUAUUUCACUUUACUGGAAGAAUUUGGGAAUACCUCGUCAAUACAUAUCAGUUAAUCAUAAAUGCGCGAGAAAAACUCUCAAAAUUAUUUUUCAUCUUUAUAAAUAUUUUGUUUGGCGCGAGACAUUCUGAACCUUGGGAGAAAAAGAAGUACCUACAUGAUCUCAUUUUCAAUUACUAUUUUACAACAUGAAAAAUGUUCUUGAAUCAAAGUAAUGUUUGAAAAUAUUCGAUUUUGAGAGAUGGUGGAGAAUUCAGGUGGACCACUUCAAUUUUUGAGCAGUUUAUUUUCAGGACAAAAAUAAGAAAAUUUUAUAUGUGAAACAUACAUAAAAUAUGCCGUGUCCUUCAUGGUUCCUUUACUUAGCAAGCAAGUAGAAGUUGCCUUGCCAACAUGAUGUUCUCUCGAACUGAAAUGAAUUUCUUUCGGUUGUUCUUUGGAUUACAGGAUAAUCAUGUUUCAGAGCAAUAUCAUAAAGAAAAACCAUCAGGGUUAACAACAUAUCUAGCUAGUUUAAACUAUUUGUAAUUAGUAGUUAUAGUAGAUAAACUGUAGAGAAACAAUUAAUUUAUUUCUAUUUAUAUAUGAUUUAUCUAACAAAACAUCGCAUAUUACAUUCUAAACUUCAGUUUGUAUAAAAUCAAUAAUCAAUUACAAUGUGAUCUGUAAUAUUCUAACAUUAUUUCUAAUUUAGUGGAGGAACAAAAUAUAGAGUGAAAAAUGUAUAGAUGUAUUUGAAAAACUCCGCAAGCUUAACUUCUUCUUUAUUAUUGGUUAGAGGAAAAAAGGUAACUGUACUUGUGCAGGUCCCUUUUUUUUCAAAAUCAACCAAAGCAUAAGACAACUGUGGUUUCUUGAAUGUAUUUUUGUGUGCUCAGAUGAAUUCGAAAUUAUUCCUUGAAUUCAACGAUCCAUCUUUUAUACGAGUUAUCUUAAUUUUAUCAUCAUUUUCAAAAGAGGUCUUCCUUUUACAGCAAACUCAUAACUAUAAUGUCAACAUAAUCGAUUCACUCAAAAUCAUUCCAAAUUCAAGGCUAUAUAUUUUCCACAAACGGAGCAUUCUGCAACCCAUGUUCUUGGAGAUGUGUCUUCCUUCUAUAAGAGAAGUGUUUCAUCAAUAAUUGUUCUGGCUCACCCAAUUUGAAUUGAAAAUCAAGUUGAAUAGACGUCAAGAGUUCACGAUAUUAUGAUUCACAUUAUAUGAACUGAGUAAAUGUAUGAAUGACAUAUCAUCAUUGUAAAAAAAUAUCUGUGAAAGAUUUAAUAAACAAAUUGAAACAA